GCCUUUCCGGGAAUAGUCCUCAGCCUUCUCCCUCCAGCCGGAAGAGCCCCCUGAGCCUGAGCCCUGCAUUUCAGGUGACUCUGGGCCCAGCUGAGCAGGGCUCAUCCCCUCUCCUGAGCCCUGUCCUUAGCGAUGCUGGUGGAGCCAGGAUGGACGACGAGCUGCUGAAACACAAGCGCAUGCCGGCAGACAAGGCCUAUUUCAUAGCAAAGGAGAUUCUCUCUACAGAACGAACAUACCUGAAGGAUUUAGAAGUUAUUACCGUGUGGUUCCGCAGUGCGGUGGUCAAGGAGGACGCCAUGCCUGCAGCCCUGAUGACCCUGCUCUUCUCCAACAUCGAUCCUGUCUAUGAGUUCCACAGAGGUUUCCUGCGUGAGGUGGAACAGAGGCUGGCACUCUGGGAAGAGCCCUCCAAUGCUCACACAAAAGGCAGUCAUCAACGAAUUGGGGACAUCCUGCUCAGAAACAUGUGUCAGUUAAAGGAGUUUACCAUUUACUUCCAAAGACAUGAUGAGGUCCUGACGGAACUGGAAAAAGCCACCAAACGCUUUAAGAAGCUAGAGACAGUGUACAAAGAGUUUGAGCUCCAGAAAGUCUGCUACUUGCCUCUCAACACGUUCCUGCUGAAGCCCAUCCAGCGGCUGGUACACUAUCGCCUGCUGCUCAGCCGGCUGUGUGGGCACUACUCACCGGGGCACCGUGACUAUGCUGACUGCCACGGUGCCCUGAAGGCCAUCACAGAGGUGACCUCCACACUCCAGCACAGCCUUGUCCGGCUAGAGAACCUCCAGAAGCUGACGGAGCUGCAGCGGGACCUGGUCGGCAUAGAGAACCUCAUCACUCCUGGCAGGGAGUUUAUCCGUGAGGGCUGCCUUCACAAGCUCACCAAGAAGGGCCUGCAGCAGAGGAUGUUCUUUCUGUUCUCAGAUAUGUUGCUGUAUACAAGCAAAGGUGUCACAGGAACCAGCCACUUCCGGAUCCGGGGCCUCCUUCCGCUCCGGGGCAUGCUGGUAGAAGAAAGUGAGAAUGAGUGGUCCGUUCCGCACUGUUUCACCAUUUAUGCCGCUCAGAAAACAAUCGUGGUGGCAGCCAGCACGCGGCUGGAAAAGGACAAGUGGAUGCUCGACCUGAACUCCGCGAUCCGAGCAGCCGAGCGCAGCGGGGAAACGUCCCUGGAGCUGCCAGGCGGCACAGUGUGCACUCGUCCCCCCAGAUCCUCCGACGAGAUCUCUCUGGAACAGGAGUCGGAAGAAGAUGCUCGGGGCGCCCGUGGUACCUUGGAGGGGCAGGGCCAGCACCGGGCCAACACCACGAUGCAUGUGUGCUGGUACCGGAACACCAGUGUGUCCAGGGCCGACCACAGUGCAGCUGUCGAGAACCAGCUUUCAGGAUACCUGUUGAGAAAGUUCAAAAACAGCAACGGCUGGCAAAAGCUCUGGGUGGUUUUUACCAACUUCUGCUUGUUCUUCUACAAAACUCAUCAGGAUGACUACCCCCUGGCCAGCCUCCCACUGCUGGGCUACAGUGUCAGUGUUCCCAAGCAGGCCGAUGGCAUCCACAAAGACUAUGUUUUCAAGCUCCAGUUCAAAUCCCACGUCUACUUCUUCCGAGCCGAGAGCAAGUACACAUUUGAAAGGUGGAUGGAGGUGAUCGAGAAGGCAAGCAGCUCGCCCGGGAGGCCCCCAAGCCUGGUACAGGACUGUCCACAUCCGUCUGCAGGGCUGGAGGGGACGGCCAGGGGGAAGGAGGAGUGAAGCUCACCCUGCACAGAGAACACAUCACAGAGAACUGUGGAUGUGAUGGCAGCUGUCGUCCUCAGACUGAGCUGAGGAACCAGCACAGUCACUUAUCCUGAGUCCUCCCGACAGACUGGAGGCAGCUGUGGCCUCGCCGGGUUCCCAUCGGUACUGACAGUGUGGGUGGGCCUCACAGUGACAUCUGUGGAGGGCUUUGUCCCCGUCAAGGCCCAGCACAGGCCUGUGGCCAUUUGGUGCACCAGGAAGGACACACCGGCCCCUGGCUCAAAGGCUGUGGGCAGGGCCUGGGUGCCCUGCUGAGGACUCGCCUAGAAGAAGUGGGGCAGGCAGCCCCCGCCUCCAGGUCCCCUCAGACCACAGCUGCCCUCAGGCCCAGAGCAGGCACUCCUGCUGCCUGGGAGGGGCUGAGAGUCCCAAGUUGCCAAGCAGUCCUGCCCUUCAGUCUGGGUGAACCAAGUGGCAGCCUGGGGUUGGGGCACAAGGACAGUGGGACUUCUGAUGGGACCAUGGUCAAGGCCUGGCCUGCAUGUCACAGCUAAAUGAGUCCAGCAGCAGGCGCUCUGGUUCCACCCCCCAUACCUCUGAAAAAGCAGAAACCAAAGUCCCCCUGCGGCCCUGGGAUGGUGAGGGCCUCUAAUUUAUGAGCACCCCAGCGUUCCCUACCAAUUGGGAGCAGACGCGUGACUCCUCUUUGUUCACAUGUGUGAUUAAACAUAACGUUGUCUCCUU